CCGGGGCUCGGCGGCAGCGGCCGUGCCAGAGGAGGGCGAGCGCGCAGACAGACAGACAGACAGACAGACACCCCUUGAGGAAGUAGCCGGGGCUGCGAGAGAAAACGAGGAAGCGGCGGCUCCCGCGGAGCCCAGUGCGGGUCCAGCCCCGCUCCCGGCGCUUCGGCGGCCCGGCACGGCUCGCACGGCUCAGCACGGCUCAGCACGGCUCAGCACGGCUCGGCACGGCUCGGCACGGCUCAGCACGGCCCGGGGGAGCCGCCCUGCCCCGCUUCGCUCCCGGAGGCAGAGGCAGGAGGCGGCGGCGGCGGCGUCCGAGCGAGCGGCGCUCUGUCUAGCAGCAGUGAUAGCCUCUAUGGUGUUAAACAUUAAGUUGGCUUCUUAGAAAGCGAAAAUAAAUAAAUCAUGGCUUCCAGCAUGACUAACCCAGCUAACCAUUUGCCAUACUUCUUUGGCAAUAUUACUCGUGAGGAAGCUGAGGAGUAUCUGAUGCAAGGAGGAGUGAGUGAUGGACUAUAUCUGCUUCGCCAAAGUCGGAAUUACCUUGGAGGCUUUGCCUUAUCCUUGGCCCAUGGAAGGAAGGUUCAUCAUUAUACAAUUGAGAGGGAGCUGAGUGGCACAUAUGCUAUUGCAGGAGGGAAGUCUCAUGCGAGUCCUGCUGAACUAAUUAACUAUCAUUCAGAGGAAGCAGGCCUAAUCUGUCUACUGAGAAAACCUUUCAACCGACCACCAGGCAUUGAACCCAAAACAGGGCCCUUUGAAGAUUUAAAAGAGAACCUCAUCAGAGAGUACGUCAAACAAACUUGGAAUUUGCAGGGUCAUGCUCUUGAACAAGCUAUCAUAAGUCAAAAACCUCAGCUGGAGAAAUUGAUUGCUACUACAGCCCAUGAAAUGCCUUGGUUCCACGGGAGGAUUUCGGAAGAAUCAGAGCACCGUAUCCUCAUUGGGUCAAGAAACAAUGGAAAAUUUUUAAUUCGAGAAAGGGACAGCAAUGGUUCCUAUGCCCUGUGUCUGCUCAACGAUGGAAAAGUACUGCAUUACCGUAUUGACAGAGAUAAGACAGGAAAGCUCUCCAUACCAGAUGGAAAAAGAUUUGACACCCUCUGGCAGUUAGUUGAGCAUUAUUCAUACAAACCAGAUGGAUUAUUAAGAGUUCUUACCAUUCCCUGUCCACGACUUGGCUUAGAAAGUGAUAAUGUUGUUUUUGACACUCGUCCCCUUCCUGGAACCCCUUCAAAGAGUUGGGCAAGAGGUGGAAUUAUCUCAAGACUCAAAUCGUACACCUUUCCAAAGGCUGGCAGCAAAAAGCUUCAGCCACCUAUUGGCUCCCCAUCUGAUGACCAAGCAGCUUUUAAUCCUUAUGUGCUACAAAGGACAAGAGGUCUUAUGGGAGCAGAGAAAGGUGAUCAGAGAGAGGCUUUACCCAUGGACACUGAGGUCUAUGAAAGUCCAUACGCUGAUCCAGAUGAAAUGAAACCAAAAAAUGUCACUCUUGACAGGAAAUUGUUAACCCUGGAGGAAGGAGAACUUGGCUCUGGCAAUUUUGGUACUGUAAAGAAAGGGUUCUAUAAGAUGAAAAAGGGUGCCAAGCCAGUGGCUGUAAAAAUUCUUAAGAAUGAGAGUAAUGAUCCAGCUGUAAAGGAUGAAUUACUGAGAGAAGCAAAUGUAAUGCAGCAACUGGAUAACCCAUAUAUUGUCCGAAUGAUAGGCAUAUGUGAAGCUGAGGCCUGGAUGUUAGUAAUGGAAAUGGCUGAACUUGGGCCACUGAACAAAUUUUUGCAAAAAAAUAGACAUGUCACGGAAAAAAUAACAGAGCUGGUACAUCAGGUUUCCAUGGGGAUGAAAUACCUGGAGGAGAAUAACUUUGUGCAUAGGGAUCUGGCUGCAAGGAACGUGCUAUUAGUCACCCAACAUUAUGCCAAAAUCAGUGACUUUGGACUUUCCAAGGCUCUUAGCGCUGAUGAAAAUUAUUACAAGGCACAAAGUCAUGGAAAGUGGCCAGUCAAGUGGUAUGCUCCAGAAUGUAUGAAUUUCUACAAGUUUUCUAGCAAAAGUGAUGUCUGGAGCUUUGGGGUUUUAAUGUGGGAAGCAUUCUCUUAUGGGCAAAAACCAUAUAAGGGAAUGAAAGGUGGUGAAGUCGCACAGAUGAUUGAAAGAGGAGAACGAAUGGAACGUCCAGAAGCUUGUCCAACAGAAGUCUAUAACUUAAUGAAAUUGUGUUGGACAUACAAUGUUGAUGACCGACCAGGAUUCGUUGCAGUUGAGCUGAGAUUACGUAACUACUAUUACGACAUUUCCCACUAACAACAUGAAGAACAGCAGCUGCCUUGUCUUCAGCAAACGUCUUCUAAGAAGCAGUUCAGUUUCCGAAACCAAAUGACUUGGAUUUUUGUACUUCCACUUUUACCAUAUAAAGCUCAGAGCUAAGCCCUGUGUGUAGGUUUGCCUUUUCUUUCUUGCUUGCAGAAUAGCAAGCUCCUAAAUAAAGUUGAAAACAUUGGGAACACAAAGUGAGCAGCACAAAUGUAAGUGCAGAUGCUUAGACUUUUGCUACCUUCCAUAAUUUUUUUACAGCUUUAUAUGCUUUACAUUUUUGUCAUGUAUAAGUAUUUAAAGUCUUUCAUCCCUCUUCCUGUAUUGUAUUUGAGUUCAGAUGGGGAUUUAAAUUCUUGUAAAUAAUUUUCUUAGCUCUUAAAUGGACAAGUAUUGUUACAGCUUUCCCCCUACCUAAGGAAGAAUAGCAUAAACACUUCUCACAGUGAAGGAAAUCCGCUGUGAAAGUGUCAGUCAUUUUGACUGACAGUGUGCUUGAUUUUACCCCCAAGCUGCUUUAUAACCAAAGUCUGUUCUCAGUAGUAAGGUAAGCAGCAAGAAACCGGGAGAUGAGAAUUUCUAAUGUGUAAAGAGGAAUCAUCAGCUCUUAACUUUUAAGUGUACACAACUCCUCUCUUUUCUCACCUCAUGUGGAAGCCCAGCUGUCCAUCAGGGUGUUAUUUUUUUCUUGGUGGAACCUGGGAACUCAGGGACUUGCUCUCACCUUUGGACAAAGUGUAUCAGCACCUUAGACAAUGACUCUGGGUUUUAGCCUGAAGUCCGUAAGUGUGGUUCCUGAAAAGGCAGCUGUGCACUGAAAGGUGAAGGAGCAGCAACUUUUUCCUUUGUGUGGUCUGAGCCUUCUCUAGACAUUCCAUGUUCCUCUUUGGAUAUACCAAAGCUUCUUAUGUUUUGUUGAGUGGCAACCAUUUCUUUUUUUCAAGCCUUUCUUGAAAAGCAUUUGUGAGAAUUUACCACAGCUUAUAACCUCUGAAACUAAGUUUCAGUCCCAGAUAAAAUAUUUUAAAAUAUGCUUAAAGAUAUCCAUUUUUCUUUCAUCCUCUCCUAAAUGUUACUAUUUAUCCUGUUACUAAUGCUAGUGAGCAUCUCAGGAAAAGGUGUUUGUUUUACCUUUUUUUUUUUUUUUGUAAUGGCCCAAGCAGGGUUUCAAGUACUGUGUAAGUAUAGCAAUGAUAAUUACAAAUUAUGUAACAAAUUUCUAUUCCCAUUUUUUACCUUUAUGUGUUUUUUGUCCAAUCUCAUUUUAAAUAUACUAGAAAUCAAAAUUUCUGCUUGUGUGUUCCCCACAAGCAGGCACAUUACAGGCACUUACAUGUAUCUCAGGAUUCUGCUAGAUAUAGAGAUUUUAGAAGAAUAUGAAAAAUAAGAUUUAGAGUUAGGUAUACUUGUUGAAUACAGCUGUUUAGAGCAUAUGUUUUUAGUUGUUUGAACAGGGUAUUCUUAGAGAUGCAGUGAUAUUUUUUCUCUAGGAAAGAAAUUGUGUGAGCAAUUACAAUGAGAAAGCAUGAAAUAAUUUGCAUAAAAUAUGACUAUAAAAAUGUGGGAUUUACUGUAAAACUGUUUGUUUCUUUAUACUCAUUUUAUGGUCUAUUUAAAAAAAAAAAAAAAAAAAAGCCUAGUUUUUUUUUGGUAGUUUUGUUUUGCAGAAUCCAGUGCUAGACACUUCAGAAAGCACAUGCUACUGCAAGAUACUGAGUGCAAUAGGCCAUGUUUCAAAUGUGAGUCAAACGUGACUUAUAUCCAAGAUAAUUUUUUUAUUAUUACUUUUAGAAAACAGUUUUUCAACAUGAACAGCUUGAGUAGAUGUUGCCCGUAGUUAUAUAUAGUUGUUUAUUAGCAUUAUCCCUAUUGCAGAGAAACUGUCAGCUUUACAUGUGCAAUUGGUACGUUCAUGGGGAUAUCAGUCAUAAAUCAAUUGCACAAAUCAAAACAAUUGCACAGCCAGUGAGUGACAGCACUCUAUUUCCCUGAAAUAUAUAUGUAUAUAUGUUUUUUAAAAUUUUACCUAGUAUUAGAAAACUGGAGGAAUAGUUCUUCCCCUCUCUUCUGAGUGAAUGUCUCUUUUGGUGUUGCUUGAUUGUUUUUAGUUUCACUGUUCUGUAAUAAAAGUUUACAAUAAGGA